AAUGGCUCUUGCGUUACCUUUGGAAACUGAUGUAGAUGACGAUACAUCUCUCGAUAUAACAGCAAACCUAGAGAGUUUACAAUUUGAAAGUGGAUUGUCAGAAAUUGAAAAAAGAUAUUUGAACAUUAGAACUCGAUCUCAUGCUCUAACAGUAUAUGCAUGCGCUCAGGCAACUUAUUUCGUCUCAAUUCUCAACGAGGCUAGGCAUAUUGUAUCGUUUAUGAAACAAGAGAAGAGACGAGCUAGCCUAAAAAUUCUGAACGAUUCAAAGUUUUUAAAUGCGUUAAAAAUUGGAAUAAUAGGUUGUGGUCGAAUAGGAAGUCAACUAGCCAGUUGUUUAUUAAGUUUUGGUGAAGUAAGUCCUGCAGAACUAAAAAUAGCAACAAGACGACCAGAAACAUUAAGUGAUUUAGAAAAGAGAGGUGUCUAUUGCACAGAUCAAUGCGAAGAAGUAGCCAGCUCAUCUCACCUAAUCUUUUUGUGCAUUCUUCCUAAUCAAUUGCCCCUGGUCGCUGAAUCAAUAAGAAAUAAAAUAUCUCCUCAUUGUUAUAUUUAUAGUUUAGUUUCUGCAACGCCUGCAAAAAAAGUCCAAACAAUCCUAAAUCACGACCUUAUUAUACAUCCAAUUUACGAAUUUCACAAUCACACUGAAGAUAUUAGCGAUUGGAAUGUAGCUAAAGAUGUUCUAGGAUCAUUUAGUAAUAUGAGAAUGCUAACUCAAACUUGUCCAACGCCGGCUGGAGAAGUUGGAGUGAUAAAAAGUUCGGAGAAGAUAAUGGAAGUUUUCAUCUAUUCGCUUAUAAAUAUGUGCACGCAAUUAGGAGUAAAUAGGAAUCAGACUGUUGAUAUAUUAAACGCUGUUGUUUUGGGAAAUGAUGGUAAAACUCAAGUUAAUGAAUUGAUUACGGAAAACAAUAUUAUCAGAGCCGCGGCGAUUAAUAUGGACGAAACAAAUUUUCCGAUAUUUAAUCUACUAGAUGUAGCAACGAGACCAGCUGUUCCAGUUACAAAAUUUCUAAGAAAAUCUCAUGUUCAAUCCUCAAUUAAAAACAGAUAUUGUCUAAUAUUUGAUCAGUAUUUAGACUGGAAGAAACAGCUCAUUAAACAAAACUCGAAUGAUCCAGCUAAAAAGUUUGCUUUAACUUUUGCCUAA